AUUUCUAGUCUACAAACAUAGUUGCUCCAUCAGAGCACAGACACACAGCUUGGUCACUUUUCCAUUCCACAUCGAACCGAAACGGCGUCGAUUCAAGCAAGCGCCAAACGUCAUGUUGUACAUUUGACCUAUUCCUUUGCUCCUUUCUGUUUGACUGCAUGGUGAGGGAAAUCAAGUUGAUUGGUUGGCAACUUGCAAGCAAGCCUUCAACUUGGGCAGAAGCUUUGAGACGACGAAGGCUGAACGUGUCAAAGCAUCGUGACGUCACGCGCGGUGCGGGCUAGGACUUUAGUCGCGUCCGUGGGUCAGUCACACUUGUCGAGUUGGAGCCGCCGUUCCUGUCUGCCAGUCUGCCUGCCUGCCUGUCCGUCCGCCUCGCUCGCUCGCUGUCUGAGAGUCUCGCAGCCGAAAUUGUUGAUCACCCAAGGCGCCCGAGGAUGGUCCACCGAAGUUCCCGCCGAGGCCGCCGCGGCCGCCGCGAACUGCUCAUCAUGAGGCUGCGCCCCGCACUUGUGUGGUUUCUCCUGCUCUCCCUGACCAGGAUGGCCGAGUCAGACGACUGCGAAGGCAAGAUUGGCCAUGUGAAAUUCUGCGGUGUUGGCGACAAUCUCAAACUGGUGUCAGGGUCCAGCACUGACAGUGUCACUUGGACUUUUGAGGGACAGAGCGGCAGCAUCCCAUCUCGCGCUACAUAUGACCCUGCCACCGAAAAACAAACACUGAAAUUGGGGAAGCUGAGCGCUGCAGACAGCGGCAAGUACACUGCCACCUACGGCAGCAGCACCACCAAGACCUUCUCAAUCCUCGUCGGAGCCGUCACCUGCGACGCAGGCCCAGAAUGCAAAGUUGUGACGGGGAGCUCCAUCAAGAUGGACUCCGCAGCUGGUUCCGCCAUUGAUGUCUCCUGGACUCAUACGAAACCUGACGCGCCGGAGACAGCCAUCGAUGAAGCCAACAAGUUCACUGACGAUAAGAAGAAAGAGAUGGGCCGCUUCAACAUGCAACUAGCCGACGCGGGGACCUACAAGGCCAAGUACCCCAACCCCUCCCCGACGACCACUGCAACAUUUACAGUCUCCGUCCAAGCUCCCAUCACCGCUGUCAAAAUCGCCGGCAAAGUUUCUGCGUGUGCAGGCAAGAGCGUCAUCUUAGAGUGCAAGGUCACCGGUGAUGCCAAAGUGGUCACUUGGAAGAAGGGCACUACUCCCCAAGCUACUAACGUCAGUGGCAAGAAGUUGACCAUCAGCGAGGCUAAACCGGAGGACGCCGAGCGCCGGAUUUACUCUCACCGUUAG